AUGGCGGCCCUUGCUUCCGGCAUGGGCCCACACGGACCCUGUGCCCUGGGCCUUCUGCUGCUGUUCCUGGUGGUGCCCCCUCCCCGGGUCGCAGCCUCGGUCCACAGACACCCAGAGAACCAGGGAAUCUCCCUGACUGGCAGCGUGGCCUGUGGUCGACCCAGCAUGGAGGGGAAGAUCCUGGGCGGUGUCCCUGCGCCGGAGAGGAAGUGGCCGUGGCAGGUCAGCGUGCACUACGCGGGCCUGCACAUCUGCGGCGGCUCCAUCCUCAAUGAGUACUGGGUGCUGUCGGCUGCGCACUGCUUUCGCCGGGACAAGAAUAUCAAAAUUUAUGACAUGUACGUAGGCCUUGUAAACCUCAGGGUGGCCGGCAACCACACCCAGUGGUAUGAGGUGAACAGGGUGAUCCUGCACCCCACAUAUGAGGUGUACCACCCCGUCGGAGGUGACGUGGCCCUGGUGCAGCUGAAGACCCGCAUUGUGUUUUCUGACUCCGUGCUCCCGGUCUGCCUUGCAACUCCAGAAGUCGACCUUACCAGUGCCAAUUGCUGGGCUACAGGAUGGGGACUAGUCUCACAACAAGGUGAGACCUCAGACGAGCUGCAGGAGGUGCAGCUCCCGCUGAUCCCGGAGCCCUGGUGCCGCCUGCUCUACGGACACGUGUCCUACAUCAUGCCCGACAUGCUGUGUGCUGGGGACAUCCUGAACGUUAAGACCGUGUGUGAGGGUGACUCCGGGGGCCCACUUGUGUGUGAAUUCAACCGCAGCUGGUUGCAGAUUGGAAUUGUGAGCUGGGGCCGAGGUUGCACCAACCCUCUGUACCCUGGAGUGUAUGCCAGUGUCUCCUAUUUCUCAGAAUGGAUAUGUUAUAACAUAGAAAUCACACCCACUCCUGCUCAGCCAGCCCCUGCUCUCUCUCCAGCUCUGGGGGCCACUCUCAGUGUCCUUGUGGCCAUGAUGGCUGGCUGGUCAGUGCUGUGAGGUCAGGAUACCCACUCUAGCAUUCUCACGGCUGCACACCCUGCCCCAGCCCAGCUGCCUCCAGAGCCCUAAGCAUCUCCUGUCCUGGUCUCUCUGAAGCAGGCAAGGGCCACCUAUCCCAGAGGUGGAUGCUGAGUCCAGGAGGUGAUGAGAAAGUGUACAAAGAAGAAAGGGAAGGGGGAGAGCGGCUGGCCAGGGAGAACCCAGCUUGGGCAGAGUGCACCUGAGAUUUGAUAAGAUCAUUAAAUAUUUACAAAGCAAGCCUCUGAGAUCACCUGUGUGGCUCCUUCUGCCCCUGCCAGAGUCAUUGUCCUCUUCCACGCACAGAAAGGAGAGACUAUCACCCCUCCUGAGGCUCUCAGGAAAGGAGAAGCACAGACCGAAUCAGCUCUUUCCAGAAACAGAGGGGCGAUGACACAGACACACUCCUCUGAAUCUGUGGGAUGUGGUCAAAGCCCAGGCCCGAGGAAAGGUCAUUGCUUACAUGCCUACACCUGUACAUAUAAAACAGCUGCAGACAUUUAAACAUCCAAUUGCAAAAAAAAAAAAAAGUGUUGGGGCGGUAACCUGAGCUGAAAGUAGACACCAGGAAGGAACAAACACGAUGAAGCAUGAAGGAGCCCCAAGUCAGAAAAGCACCAAAAACUCGUAUUUCGAAAGUCUGCUCCUUGGAAAAUAUCAAACAGUGUACAGGGGUUGGGGGAGAUCACUAACCUACUCAAGAUAGGAGAUGAGAACAAAAAUAUACAAAAUGAGAAAUGACAAGUGAAAAUGAUCCACCAACAGAGAAAAGGUAAGAAACCACACGAGAGAGUGUACAACUCUAUAUAAAUAAAUUUAAAUGAAAAUUUAAAUGAAAACAAGCAGCACUUUUUAGGAAAAUAAAUUUGCUAAAACUAACCCCAGUAGAGAGAGAGGUUUUAGGCUGGGCACUGUGACUUAUGCCUGUAAUCCCAGCACUUUGGGAGGUCAAG